AUGGAGAGACUUGGAGAUUUCGAGCUAAGCUCCAUUUUCAAGCGUAUUCACAACCCAGAUGACCGAAGAUCAUUCUUUCAAGUUUCCAAGCAAUUCUUGAAAGUUGCAUGCACCUUCCUACUGAAGUCUCACAUUUCGUCUCCUGAUUUCCUCUAUGAAAUCCUACCUGCAUCCCCGAAUCUGGUCGCUUUCGAAUGCUCUAAACCACUUUCAAACACCCACAUGAAACUCCUUGCACAAUCUUGCCCCAAGCUCCAAUACCUGAAGCUCAGUUUAGAACAAAACUCACAUCCUGAUCAGAUGGAUUCUGAGUCAGGUGAGUUUGAUUUUGAUGACGAUGGUCUAUGUGCAGUUUCGAAUGCUUGUUGCCAUUUGUUUGAAGUGAUCUUAUGCAGGAGGUUACAUGUUGGGGAUGUAGGAGUUGCUUCCCUUAUAAGAUCAUGUAAGGAUUUAGCAAUUUUAGAUUUGAGUGGAUGUGUUGGUGUCAAAGACGAAUCACUGAAAGCUAUUGGAGAAGCAAGUCGUUUAAGUAUUUUGAUUUUGCACGGUUGUUCUUUGAUUACCGAUUUGGGUUUGGAGUAUCUGGCAAAUGGGGAUGUGAAAAAUUGUUUGGAAGAACUUGUUUUAGCCGAAUGUGAUAGGAUUAGUGAUGGUGGUAUCAUCUUCUUGAAACAAAUGGUUCGUCUAACUGAUCUGAAUCUAUCAAAAUGUGGGGCUAAUGUGACAGAUUUCGGUCUUAUGGCCUUAUUCCAAAUUGGAAACUUUGAGAGACUGAAUUUAUCUUGGUUGUUGAACGUAACGGAUAUAUCAUUGUUUGAUAUCGCUACCUGGUGUUUGAAACUUACAGCCAUUAAUUUGACGGGUUGUGAGGCUGUAACUGGUGGAGGUCUAUGCGCAUUUGCUAACCAUCGGACACUGGAAGAAGUUACGCUGUUCUCGUGCCAUAAUUUUUCUUGGGAAGAUGUGGAGCUGGUUGCUCUCACCUGUGUAAGAUUGAAAUAUCUUGGGAUCAGUAGGACAGCAAAGAUGUCUAUGCCAGAGGUAAUUCAGGAUGGCUUUUAUGUGAUCAACAACUGUUGGAUAGAUUGUGAAUGA